UAAGCGGGCCCAGUCCUGGUCGGAUACGUCGGACAGUCCCACGGCAGCAGUAGUCGGUCUGUGUGCGACGGUUAACUUGUUGGUUGGUCGGCCGGUGUUUGGACCAGGGUGGUUUAGCAGGCCUCGGAAUGGAAUGAAGCGCUGGACGACUAGUAGCAUCCUGUAGAAGUGUUGCCAGGCCAGAGAUAACCAUCAACAUCAGCGCGCCAGUUUUGGGAAGAGAGACAAGAUUCAAUUAAUAGCCUCGGUCGAGAAACAACGCACAGCAGCUCGCUCGCUACCGACUCUACGUAUGCACAGGUUGUCAUUGUUGUCGUCCAUGGACAGCAGGAGCAGGAAUCACCGCGACGUGUGCUACACUGACAACUGUGGUACAAAAACUUUGCCCAGCUCGAGCACGGCACCGAGUCAAGAAGCAAUGCAGUAAAAGUGACGCCGUUUUCGGGAUCGGAUUGUUAGGUUAUGUUCCGCGGCUGGAACUACUACGUACUACAACGAAACUCGCACACUGUAUCGUGUAUCUCUAGGCGGCCCCCUGUUGAAAGGUGUAGUAAGUGGUGAGCUGUGUGAUAAAACGAUAUGCGCUGUGUGAGUGCAGAGGCAAACAAUGGCUAUCACCGAUCGGCGGCAGCGGCAUUGCAUCCAUCGAGUUGAGCUGGUUCUCCGGUCCGGGAGCGAGCCAAAAUCGAACGUUGUCACGUCAACGGCAGGCAGCCCGUCAAGCAAGCAGCCCAGCAGCUGUCAAUCCAUGAUCUAUCGCCGUACGGUGGCAUAGUGUGUGAGUGCGAGUAGCAGUCCCUCGAGUGAGUGCUAAUUAGUGAGCAGAAGUAAAGCGAGCCAGGACUACACCGCUAGUGAGCGCUAGUGACGACAGCACAGUGAGUGUGAGCGAGCGAUCAAGUGAGCGAGUGAGUGAGCGAGUGAGUGCGAGCCAGUUAGUGCGAGCGAACGUACGUAUUCGGACCCGGGAAAUGGUGACUUCACUGCCGAAAGCAAUCGUCGUGCUUCCUUUAUCCCUUGGCAAGCCCGCACAGUGACAGGUGCAUGCAAUAGUGAGUGUAUAGUAGUAGCAGCAGCAGCAGCAGCAGCAGCAGCCCCACAAUGGUGUCAGCUUUUUGGCUGCCAGGGAAACAUAACCUUACGCGGUGGUGGUGGUAGUGGUGAGCGGUAGUAGUGCCAGGACCGAGCCACCAGAAAUAUUCACGGGGUGCGUGUUCGCGUGUGUGUAUGUGUGUGUGCAACGGAUCGGAACCGGAAGGGUAGCCGAAUGGUGCCGAAAAAGAAACAGCAGCAGUGGGCCCAGCGCACUAAUGAGGACGACGAUUCCCGCGAGGACGGUUCGAACCGUUUUACAUCUGCAACGACGGCCAACGGUGCAAAAGCAUGGGGUGACGGCUCGCUGUAACCGUAUCGAACUAUUGUUAUUAUUGGUGCGUUGAUGUCGUUACGGACAUUUUUCUGUUUUACGUUUUUGCGGUGAGCGUUACGACGGCGAAACAGAUAACGGCGCGUAGUUUUGGUGCGAGUGCCUGUGUGAAAUAUCCUCCACUUGUCCUGCAGCGCGCCCGUCCGUGUGCGUUGUUGUGUACGUGUGUGUGUCAAUUCUGUGCCGUUUAACCCGUCGUUGUCACAGUCAGUGAUGCUGGCAGGGUCCCGUACCGUGGCGUGGCGUGUUUCUGCAUAUCUGCAUAUCGAAAGCGAAGGCAAACCAACCCAGUGUCAGUGCCGUAACGCCGAGCCUAACGCUACGUAACGCUACGUAACGCUGCAGGCCUACUAGCUGUCAAACGUCACGCACCGGAGUGCGGAGUGUAGUGCGGCAGGAGAUACGUGUGGUGUGGGGUCGUUGUGUCGGAAUAGCAACGGUUUGUUUAUUUCUAUAGCAAUAUUACAUCGCGUCGGCCAAUAAUAGCGCGCUGUAACUACUACACAAUCCAACCGCCACCCCCAAAACAUCCACAAGGUGGUGGUGUUAGUGAGCGGCCACAUGGGUUCAAGUGUUUCCAAUAGUGAUCUUAGCGUAGUAGAUGGUCGAUAAUGCCAAUCGUACUCACUCCAGAAAUUCACCGACGAGUUUAAUUAACGUACUAAAAAUAUAUCCACCAAAAACCAGACGGCAAAUCACGGCACGGCUUCGAUCGGUGUGAGUGUGUGACCCCAAUAGGAUCUCCCAAACUCCCCACGGUUAUUAACUCGUGCACCGGUCGGUCAGCGGACAGAUUUUGCGAGCGAGAAGCAAGAAAAAACGCCGACAUUCGCUGUAUGCAGCUGACCGAGUAGAACAGGGGGAAAGGGCAGGACUGCUCGAACCUCGAAUAUCUUUCCGACCGGAUACGGUGGAAUCAACUGACACAGUGAAUGAGCUUUAGUGCGGGAUAGUGUUGUGGUGAGACCUGGAGUAGUGUUUGUCCAGUGGCAAGGAGGACACUGGUGUACUGUUUUUCCGUUGCUCUUUCCAUUUGUUCGUGACUGGUUUCUUCGUUGAUUUCAUCCCUUUGCC